GAGGAGAUGGUGUGAAGAGGCAAGCUGGACCAAUGAAGAGAAGGUGUUCAUGAUCUCUACAGCAAGCAGUCCAAUGAGAAAAAGAAUGUAUGUCAAGGAUGUAGCCUGAGAAAGGAAGAAAAGUUAGAGUAUGCAGCAAAUGCUAUUCACCAAAAAUGGAACCUAAUUAAUGACCCUAAGGAAGCUGUAAAAGAUGAAAAAUUGAUGAAGCAGCACUUUGAGGUACCAAUUCCUUGUUUUAUUUACUUAGAAAAAGCAAUUUAGUUGCAAAACCUCCAAAAUUUGUUUGAGGCAGCAAAAUUCAAAGAAGAAAAGCUGUAAUGAAGGAGGAGCUGAGGUUAUUUGAGAAGGAUGGUACAUGGUUGUGAUAAAAAAAAAAAUGAUGAAAACCAAGCACAAGAUGGACAGCAAAGGGCUAACCCCAAGUUCUUAGGCAUAAAAGUAACAACAAAUGAAGAUGAAAGGCUAUAUCAAAUGGUAGUAAAUGAAGAAGGGAGAGCUGCACAGCACGGUAGCAGCAAAGUGCAGCAAGAUAAGCUGCAAAUGUUGAUGAAAUGAGGAUGAAAUGAACAAAAAAUGAAAUGCAAACUCAAAUGCAAAUGUAAAUGAAAUGAAGGGACCAAGAUGCAAGCAUGCAGCAAAAGUGGCUGUUAUUUUCAAAUUUAAAGUGUACUUUUAUUGUUUUUAAUGUAGAAUAGUUGUUUAGAUUUGAAUUUUGAAUUGAGUUUGUAUUCUCCUAUAAAUAGGAGAGAUUGUAAUAAGAAAAUUUGAGUUGAAGU